AUGCUUCCAGUUUCUCGACCAGAAGGACAAAUGCCAUUUAACUACAACCCAGCCACACAGCCGUUGUCGGGCGCUUCGACGGGGAGAAGCUCUCCAAGCGACCUGGCUGGCUCGACGACAGCAAAGGCGCCGUUCGGCCCAUCUUCGUCGAUCGGGGUGUCGCGACUGGGAGCUGGCUCUCCUUCCCAUGACUUGGGAACACGGCUGUAUCCGAAACGCGUUUCAUCGAAUCUCAGCAAGCGGUCAACCUUGGUCUUCAAUUCAAACAUGCUGAUUCACAUAAACAGUGCCCGUGAAAUUCAAGCGCAAGAGGGUCUUCCCACCAGUAUUUGGGGUCCACCGACCAGUGGCCACUCCACGCCGCUACGAGAGAAUAUCCCCGAAUCUCCCAGUCAAGACAGUUUCCCCGACCUCAUGCCCUCCACUAAUGGCUCGAUGAGUGCAUCCGGUCGUAGAGCUCGCGCUGGGACUGUGCCUUCCCGGUUCCCCCCAAUGGGCACCUUGAAUGAGGUGGAAACUCAGCAACCGUUCAUCUCACAAACCUCUCGUCCCACUCCUUCUACCAGUCCGUUCCGGGGCCCCGGCGUGUCGGGAAUGGAUCCGGGCGCCAAUAUCACCCCUUCAAAUACCGCUUCGAAUGCAACAAUGUUAUCGCGUCUUCGCGCAGGUUCAAUGCCUCAGCGGAACAGCCUUCUCGGAGCAGGUGGUCCCUUUGGCUCGUCGGUCUUCUCCUCGGGCUGGCCAUCCUCUGGUCGCGAGAGAGCUACCACAUUGACCAGCAUUCGUUCGUCAGAGGGACCAGCUUCGCCUAGCCAAUCAUCGUUCUCUCAAGAUACCGACGUGAGGACCUUGGACUACUUGGGACUCGCCGAAACUCCCCAGCAGGCCAGAUCCAGCCUCUCGCGGCCAUCAAUGGAGCAACUGUUACACCAGCAACAGCAGCCAGCCUCUGCUCUGCCGCCUCUGCUGGCCGAGCUGGCCAUGAUGAAGAGCAACAAUCGGUUCCGCUCCUAUUCAGUGAAUGCGAAGGAAAAGUAUGCCGAUGACGAGGACAUGGAGUACGAGGGUCGAUACUCGGGGGUUCCCUCCGGAACUUUGACUCCAUCUGCGGCGACCGCAGCUGCCCAGCUUGCUGCAACGCAGGCUCAAAUUCAUCAGCACAACCUGGCUGUCCAGGCCUUCGCUAGCCACGCUUCCGCCAAUCGCCCACGAGCACGGACUGCAGGUAUUCUCGAGGCUCCGCCUCAACGGUCGUCGAUUCGCAAUUACCUUGCAACGCCCUCACGCCUGGAAAAUAGCUUCACGCCUUCCGAUCUACACAUCUCUGAAAACGGAGAGUACGACGAUUUGACAGAAGCUGUCCAGCUCAUGCAUUUGGGCACAGCUGGUGGUCAGACGAUUGGCGCACGGGCUGCGGGAGAGCCAGCGGACGAGAACAAUCAGGAUGGUCCGACCCGGGCCUUGUGGAUUGGCAGUAUUCCGGUCUCGACAACAGUCACCUCGCUCGAUGCGAUCUUCGGCAUGUACGGCAAAAUCGAGUCAACCCGUGUGCUGACCCACAAGAACUGCGGCUUUGUCAACUUCGAACGCAUUGAUAGUGCCGUGCAAGCCAAGUCGCUGUUGAAUGGUAAGGAGAUCUUCCCUGGAGCAGGACCAGUUCGUAUUGGCUAUGCCAAGGUUCCGGGCACCUCUGCAACUGGCACGCCUGGGGCAAACGGUAUUCAAUCAUCUCCUACUCCGGAUCCAAACUUCAAGUCGGCCCCCGUUCCAGAAAGUUUGGACUCGAGCAACAAAUUUGGCGCCAUCCCUCAGAUUCCCGCCCUAGCCGAUUUGCUGCCCGAGAUGGUUCAGAUUGUGCAGGAGUUUGGUGCUGGGGAGCUAGAUACGCGCCACAUCGCAAACAUGAUUGAAAGUGCUAUCGUUUUCGAGGCUCACGAGCAUGAAAUCCAUGCGGUCCCAGAACCUAGCCAGGCGCGCAUGUUUGACGCACCACGUUUGCGUGAUAUUCGUAAACGUAUUGACAAUGGUGCUUGCUCGAUCCAAGAGAUCGAAGAGAUCGCCAGUGCUAUGUUACCCGAAGUCGCUGAGCUGUCCUCCGACUAUCUCGGCAACACCGUGGUGCAGAAGUUGUUCGAAUUCUGUUCGGAAGCCACCAAGGAGGAAAUGCUUGCGCAGAUUGCACCACACCUCGCCGAGAUUGGCGUGCACAAGAAUGGAACGUGGGCUGCGCAAAAGAUCAUCGAUGUCGCCAAGACCCCUGUCCAGAUGGAAACGAUCGUCAAUGCUCUGCGACCCUUCACCGUGCCACUGUUUCUCGAUCAGUACGGAAAUUACGUCCUGCAGUGUUGUCUUCGUUUUGGAGCUCCUUACAAUGACUUCAUAUUUGAGACCAUGCUGAAGCGUAUGUCGGAGGUUUCCCAGGGCCGCUUUGGUGCUCGUGCCAUGCGAGCUUGCCUGGAGAGCCACCAUUCAACCAAAGAUCAGCAGCGAGCGCUCGCAGCCGCUAUUGCCCUUCAUAGCGUCCAGCUGGCCACCAACGCUAACGGGGCUCUGCUUCUGACCUGGUUCUUGGACACUUGCACAUUCCCUCAUCGACGUACCGUCCUGGCACCUCGGCUUGUACCCCACCUGGUCCAUCUCUGCACCCACAAAGUUGCCUAUCUGACGGUCCUUAAGGUGAUCAAUCAGCGAAAUGAACCUGAAGCCAGGGACAUUGUGCUCAAGGCCCUCUUCUUCAGCCCUGGCGACGAGGUAUUGGAGAAGAUUCUGAGUGAUCAAUCGUCUGGAGCUACUCUCAUUUUCAAGGUCCUCACUACCCCUUUCUUCGACGAGACAAUGCGAUCUGAAGUUGUGAAGAACGUUGCCAAAGUUCUCACCAAGCUCAAAGCAUCCCCUAGUCAAGGCUACAAGCGGCUGAUGGACGAGGUGGGCUUGUCAUCUCGCGGCAGCGGCCGUGAGAACCAUCAUGGUCGGGAUCAUGGUGCAAGCCACCCUUCCCCAUCAGAGAAAUUGCAGCACCGCCAGCCCGUCCGCCAUGGGAACCCGAACUUCCCGGUUCAACCGCCGACGGAUCGUCAAUUAGGUGGUCCCUACGGUCCUAACCUCAUUGGUCAAGGUCCUGACUCUCGACCCAUGACUGCUGAUCAAAAUAACGUUCCCCUGGACGCUUAUGGCGCGAACGGUCUCAACGGAUUUGCUAGCCCUCUCAAUGGGCUGGGAGGCAUGAAUGCCUUCGACCCCGGCGUGCCUUUGAACCCACAGCAUCUUCAGUACCACCAGGCUUACUUGGCUACCCAAGGUCGUGGGGUCUCUCCUGCCGGUAUGUAUCAUAACAUGUCUUCUUCCAACUUUGGCUACCCAGCUGCCUCGCCCUCCGUGGAGACUCUGCGCUCGAUGCAAAGCCAGCAACUUCCUCCGUUGUCCGUCCCUUCCGGUGGCAUGAAUCCCAACAACAUGAUCAACCAGUCGGCCUAUUCUCCUCAGCAGUACAGCCCCGUCGUCAAUACGGGACAGAUGUAUCAGUAUCCCCCUCAGUACUACGCCCAGUCACAGCAGGUGCAAGGCCAGGGCAAUGGAAGUCGACGUGGAAGGCGCUGA